GCUGCGGCGGCGAUGAAUCUGCUGAGUGUCGCGCUGUUGCUGUCCCUCCUGACCCCCUCCUUUGCCACUUGGCCAUGGGAGGAGUGGUGGCGGGGCGGGCCGAGCGUCUCGGCCUCAUCGGCGCCAGCAGAAACGGCACAUGCAGCUCGGCCGGCCCAGCAACCGAUGAAGGCUGCCCCGGCAGCACAGACACAAGCGCAAGCAGAAUCAGGAGCAGAGCCGCAGCAACAGCCGACGAAUGCUCAUGCCCAUGCAGCAACCGCCGAGCAAGAGCCAGAGAGGCAGGAGCCGGUGCACAAGACCGCUGCCGCCUCAUCUGCCGCAGCGUCAGCCCGUCCAGAAGGCGGCGGCCUGCUCUUCCCAGACGAGCUUGAGAAAUACAGCGUGGCGGAGCUGCUGCAGCUCUUCCAUGAGGGCUCGGGGGAGGGCGACCUUCCCCUGGGUAUGGCAUUCGGCCGCGUGCAGAAGCACCUGCCCGACCUGGAGCUCUAUUUUCAAGAGACAGAGGGGGAGGGACGGCUGGCCCGCCUGGAGAGGGAGAUGAGGUCGGCAGAGGGAGAGGACACCCUGGCUUCCCUGCGCAAGAAGUACAACACCACUGGUGAGGUGGACGACCUCCUGCCGGGCCAGAAGCUCUUCCAUGAGGCGCUGAUGAACGGGCUGAACACGACCAACAGCAGCAGAACAGUGGGCGAAGGAGACUUCUCUGAUGUGGCCAGGGUGCUGGGUGAUCUUGGGCUGAAGGUGGUGGAGCGGUUCCUGCAGUUCUUCGAGGAGGGUAUUUGGACGGGCAAGCUGUUCAUGGAGGUCAGUGGGCUUGUGAAGGAGAGGAAAGGACACCCGCCGCAUCUCUGAUGUGUGAUCCAUCUGUCCAUGUCCGUUGCGUGCACUGCAGACCAAGUGCCAGGGCAAGCCUUUCAACUGGUACUUCAACAUGUGGGACCCCGGCCACUUUCUCCUUCCCGUCAUAUCAGACAAGUACCUCGCCCAGGCCAUCAUCGGUGCGCACGCACUCCGGCCACAAGUGCACACACUCGUCGGGCUGUGAGGAUCGAUCUGUCUGUCUCUCUGUGUGUCACAGCUGCGCCCGGCUACUUGUAUCAUGGGCAGGUCGAGAACGAGAACGUGAGGAUCGACGACAAGCAGAGCAUCGUCAUCAGAUACGACAUCAAGCCAGCCAUGUGCCCAGGUGUGGUGACAGAUCCAGCCCCCACCUCGUUGCUCUAUGACGCACUUGCCAUCCCCCCCCUCCCUCUCUCCCUCUCUGUCUAUGUGUGUGUGUUUGCUGACCGAUCAAUCACCCAGGUCCGACGACCAGCAUGAAGAUCGUGUCCCUUUGGAACCCCUUUGGCAUCAAUCUGGUGGUGGACGACGUGCGUGAGCUCGUCACGGUCAAGAAGGGCCUUUACAUGGGGUUGGUGUACCUUAACCUCGGCAAGUACUGGCCCCUGGUGCAGAUCUACAGCCUCGAGACACCCGUGUACGACGACGACGGUGACGGUGACGAUGACGAUGACGACGACAAGGAUGGCGAUGACGAAGACACCAAAGAAACGACAGACAGAUGACGGAGCGAUGGAUCCAUAUAUGCCAUGCCAUGCCUGCCUCCCUAAUGCUUUGUACGUUUCAGUGUAUAUAUGUCUAGCUAGGUACGUUGGUUUUGCAUUGAAACGUGUCUAGGUUUGUAUAUAUUUCCCUUGUAUAUAUGUCUAGGUUUUGCUGGGAUACGUUGGUAGACGAGUAGAGGUCAUAUGUACAGCAGCUCAGAGGCGCCGCUCAAAUGUGUGGCAUCACAUAGGAGGCUGUCAGUAGUCGAGGCAGGUCAUCACCUAAUUCAGACGACUGUAUCUGUCUGUGUGCGCGGCCGGUUUUGUACGAGAGCUGAGCGGGUAUCCAUCUGGCUGCGUGUCUGCCUGCAUGCCUCCUUUGUCACAUGUAUAUAACUCCUGCCGCCAUUUCCUUCCUUCAUGUUGCCCUUUGGUCUAUGUGGUGCGUGUCUGUGCCAGCGAAUGUAUGUCUGUGUUUAUACGGGAAUGUAUGUAUGUAUGUAUGUGUGCGUGUGUGUGUAUGGCUGUCUGUGUCCGAUACGGCUAAUACGACAUACAUAAUGUCGCUUUAGAUGUUGCCAAUCAAAACCGUAUUGCG